AUAAUCCACAUAAGAAGAAGAAGGAGGUUACAGUUGGUUUUGUUUGUUUAUUUGCGGUUAACGAUAAGGUUUAAGCAAUAGUUAAUGGUUAAAUCAUUGAAGCAAGAGUUAAUAGUUAAAUCACGUAAGGGGUUUAUUGGUAGUCCGUUAAGGGAAAGGUUGAACUGUUAUCGUAGUGUGUUUUGUUUUUUGUAUUCCUUGAGCUAGCCAGCACGCUUGCUAAUGCCAGGGUCAGGUGAUUAUCAAAUUAUUAAUUGAAUAAUUUAUUGGCACGGAAAUCAACACAAUUUGCAGUACCAUGGAGGACAGCACCACGGAAGUCGAAAGACCCGGUUGCUUGAGUGUCGGUCAGCAGUCAGAAAAGGCGACACCAACCGAUGGUAGCCGCCAGAACAGUGUCGACAACGAUGGGACAUCCAAUAAUGUUGACUCGGAUUCAGAGGAUGAGCCUGAACAACCUCUUAAUCAAUUUUACCCUUAUAUCCGCUGUGCUCUCUGUUGCGGAUUCCUCAUUGAUUCCACCACCAUAACAGAGUGUCUGCACACUUUUUGUAAAAGCUGCAUAGUGAAACACUUCUUCUACAGCAACAGGUGUCCCAAUUGCAGCAUUGUGGUCCACCAGACACAGCCACUGUACAAUAUAAGACCUGACAGACAGUUGCAAGAUAUUGUUUACAAGAUGCUGCCACAUCUGGAAGAAAUUAAAAUUAGUAUUGUCUUUACUCUUUAUGUCGUUGCAGUGGAGAGAGCAAGGAUGAUUGAUUUUUACAAACAGAGAGGACUGGAGGUGCCUAAACCAGUGAUGGCGUCCCCUGCGGUCCCUGUGCUGAAGAACCAGAAGCAGAGGAGGGAGUUGCUGCCCCAGUCUGUCUUCACCAUCCCUCCUGAACUGGACGUGUCUCUGCAGCUGGAGUUUGUGGGAGCGGAAGAAGGCAUAGACAGCUAUAAGCCUUUGGAGAGGCGGUAUGUGCGAGUAUCGGGGGAUGCCACUGUCCGCCAUGUGGCGCUCUUCAUCAGGAGGAAGAUGGAGCUGAGUCCCACUUGCCAGGUGGAUGUUGUGUGUGGAGACCACCUCCUGGACCGUUACCAGUCGCUGCGAGAGGUUCAGAGCUCCAUGGGAGAUGACGCUCUACAGGAUGGUCUUUUGAUUCUCCACUUUGGACUGGUGCUGUCUGCUCACACGUGAGCAGGGGGAAGGAAGUGGGAUGGAUGUGAUCCUGAUAUUAACGCUGACCUUCAGGGAACCACGGUCUUCAUUCUGUUGCUAAUGCCUAACAGAAUCAAGUCUUCUACCCUCUGCCUACCUAUACCUGACAGUUAACAGGGAAUUGCUGAAUCCAGGGUCCAGAAACCCGGUAAGGUUAGGAUUAGGUUAUAGUUUUAUAUCUCCGAAACUGUGAUUUCAGAGGGCUGAAAGACUAAAAGGACCUGUCAUGCUACUGAUACCAAAAGCUCAUGUUUUUGCUACGCUACACUUUAUGAGUUGAAAGUACACCCUAUGUUAUUUUUAUUUUGUGACCAACCUUUUUCAGUCCCCCUCCCAUCCAUCCAUUCCCAGAGUCUCUAUUUAGACAAAAGUAUAAAUACAUAUAUCAUUUGUUUGUAUGUGUGGGGCUUUAGCUGAGAUUGUUCUUUAGAGUCAAAUAUAUGAAUUAAUCCAGGUCUCAAUUGUUCCUUGACUAGCACCAUUUCAUUCUCGCUGUCGAUAAUUAUAAUGUUAUAACGUUAUAACAUCUAAUAAUAACUGUGUCCACUGGUUAAAUGGGAGAGAGUGCGGUGGUUGCCAUCUUAGAGCCAACAUUUUUUUUGCAGCAGCAGAGCUGCUUGCCAGCAGUAAUCUUCUCUGAUUGAGAGCAGUGGCGGUUGGUGCCGUUUUAAGAUGAGGGAGAACUCAAUAUAUAUAUAUAUAUAUUAUUUUUUUAUAAGCUUGG